AUGAAGUCGAGAAUACCCUUGAUGCUUACCUUGCUUCUGGUCUCUCACGCGUCCUCCGCAGUCAUCACAGGGGCAUGUGAGCGAGAUCCUCAGUGCGGGGGUGGCAUGUGCUGUGCGGUCAGUCUGUGGAUCCGGACCCUGCGGAUGUGCUCGCCCAUGGGCCGAGAGGGAGAGGACUGCCACCCUAUGAGUCACAAGGUUCCCUUCUUUGGGAGAAGGCUGCACCACACCUGUCCCUGCCUGCCUAACCUUGCCUGCAUCGCCACUCAAGAUGACUCCUUUAAAUGCUUAAAUCCAUAUAAGUUCCAAGAAUACGAACUGUGA